AAAUAUAUGUUUGUCUUUAUUUAUUUAAAAAAAGAAAUGAAGAUAGACACAUGCUUACCUGAUAUAUAAGUUUACCAAGAAAUUUGACCCUUGGACAACCGACCCUUAAAAAUAAGGGAAGUUUCUAAACGCAGCCCAGUAUCUAUCCCACAGCUAUUUUGUAUUCCCGUUUCUUUCAUUUCCAGGUCGUACAAUCUGAAAUCCUUAAAUCCCAUAAUUCUACCUAUUUUAUCCUUAAUCCUACAUUAUCAUAUCAUAAUUCAUAGCCUUUGCUGAAGGAAUUAAAGCUUUGGUAAAUUGUAAUGCCACAAUUUCGACUGAAUAUUAAAGAUUCGCUGGAAGAAAAAACAUUGCUUCUCGUCGUAUUAGAAACUCAGUAAAAAUUGAAAGAGCGAAAAUAGGAAAUGUGCGAAGAAUAGAUGAUACGCGUGUUUCUACCUGUGGAACAUAACCUGUUGUCCCAAGACUCCCGAGGGCGCUUUUCAGUAAUUCAGUUAUCUAAUAGGUACUUUAAAGAUUCUUAUGGGUGGCCUUUAAACUACCUAAAAAAUAAUGCUCUGUCGUGCUUUCAAUAUCUCUUCGAUGAUAUCUUUGAGAUGGAUCAAUUAAAAUUCUGCAGUGUAUAAAGACUGUUUCUCGGAACUUGUUGGACAACUCAUUGAAAUAUUAAAAUGACAGUAAUACUAGGAGGUGGUAUAUCAGGCCUGUCAGCAGCGUAUUACGCUCUUAACGAUGUCAGACUUUCGUCUGUCGUUUUACUGGAGGCUUCCAAUCGCCUGGGAGGAUGGAUUUGCAGCAGAAGAUCGCCAAGCGGCGCGAUCUUCGAGCAAGGACCGAGAACUGUAAGAAUAGCUGACUCAGGGAAGAACACUCUCAAUCUGGUGGAGGAUCUGCAAUUGAGUGACAAAUUAAUUCACAUUGGAUCUCAUCAUCACGCGGUGGCCAAUCGACUGAUUUACACGGAGGAUGCACUACAUCGUGUACCAACUUCUAUUGCUACUCUUUUUAAAACGCCAUCGUUGCUGGAUCGUCCCUUGAUCAAUCGUAUAUGGACGGAUCUGAGAGCACCCAGAGUGCCCAAGGAGGAUGAGAGCAUUUACAGUUUCGUCCAGAGAAGAUUGGGUCAGGAUAUCGCGGAUAAUUUGAUUAGCCCUAUGAUCUGUGGUAUCUGCGCGGGAGACGCGCGCGAGAUAAGCGUCAAUUUUCUCUUUAAAUCGCUGUUCGAGGCGGAACAGAAACACGGGUCCAUAGUGAAAGGCUUGUUAAUAAAUUGGUUGAAAAAAGUAUUUUCAAAGCCGGAGGGCGAGAAGGAUAAUGUGUCGAAGAGGAAGGAUAAUGCGAACGACGAGUCUACGGCCAGAUCUUUGACUUUGGCGGAGAGAGCACAAAAAGAACACUGGGUACUGUGGGGUUUGCAGGGAGGACUCGAACAAUUGCCUCAGACACUGGCUGAUAAUCUAAGUAAACGAGGAGUAAAUAUACAGACCGAGAAGAGAUGCGAAAAACUGAUGUUUAAACCAGAUCGCGUGGAGCUGUUGGUCAACGGUGAGCCUCAGGAAUGUUCACGCGUUAUCUCGAGCUUGCGCGCAAAGGAUCUGGCCGAGCUGUUGCAGGAGCAACAUCCCACACUAUCGGCAGAACUGAAAGCAAUACCUACCGUGACGGUGGGAGUGGUUAAUCUGGAAUUCCAGGAAAAUGUAUUGCCUUUGCAAGCAUUCGGCUUCCUCGUACCUCCGAAGGAGAAUCUACCUCUGCUAGGCGUAAUCUUUGACUCCUGCGUAUUUCCCGGGUCUUCCACGGUAUUGACGGUAAUGAUGGGAGGUGCGUGGUUUGAGAAAUAUUUUGGAAAGAAUCCGUCAGAGGAGCAAUUGCUAAUGAUGGCAAUUUAUCACACCAAGAAUAUCUUACAAAUCGAGGAGGAACCAGUCGCACACAAUGUUGCCAUAUUGAAGGACUGUAUUCCGCAGCACAUCGUGGGUCACAACGCACGUGUGAAACGCAUCCACAAUUACAUUUCCACACAUCGUAUUCCCCUGGCAUUGUGUGGUUCUUCUUACCAAGGUGUAGGACUCAAUGACGUUAUUCUGUCAGCAAAACAGGCCGUUCGUGAUGUUGUAAAAUAAUUACGGAAUUACUUGAUUCGUGUAAAACACCAUAGGAGACUAACAACGGCAUACAAAAUAUAAAUAAAAUUACAUGCAAACGUUGUACAUGCUGAAUCAUAUCACACCAUGCAACAGAUUUUAUAAAGUUAAAAUAAAUGUAAAUCAAUUUCUGAAUAUAGUUUUAUAAUUUAACUGUUAACUUAUGAUAACAAUAGUAAAUAAAAAUAUUUUCCUAUUAAAAAGAUAUAAGACGUACAAAAUGGAACAGUGAAAUGUAUUAAAUGUACAGUGUAUUAUUUGCUGCGAAAUAUAAUAUUACUUUAUUAAAAAUAUAUACAAAUAAAAUAU